AUGUUCUCACGCUCACGGCAUUCCGACUCCAAGAGGCUGAGCGCCUCCCGACCCAACGCCGAUAGCCGCAGCUCGGUCUCGGAUGCAGCCCUCAACGCAACGUCACACCAACAAGCGGCUGCCAUCCCGACACAGCAGAGCGCAGCGCUACCCGUAGAGAUGCCUUCAGCCGAUGUGCCGACAAUAACAACCACGAAUGGAACUCCACUCGCAACGUCCUCUGCCACAUUCUCAUCUUCCAUGGCUGCAAACACGGCUCGACCCGAAUACUAUCAGCACAACACAGCCGCGCAGACCUCAAACUGGACCUCACCACUACAUCGCUCGCAUGCCGCUAUCAUCGAACCCACCGAUGUCACAAACAGCAGCUUUUCGGUCACGUCGCUCGACAGCUUCGGUGCCAUCUCGAUGGCAGGAUCUACCGCGGCAGCAGAAUACGGCAGUCAGAACGGAUCACGCUAUGGGAUGAGUCCACCUGGCUCUACGCUCGUGGCACCUAGAGGCGAGCUCUCAUCAGCCUCGAUACGUAGUCGAAGGAACUGGGACGAGUUCGAAGGCAAGCCUGUCUCACCACUACCUAGUCCUGCCGUCCAAGACGAACAAGCCAGAGACAUGUUUGAUGUUCCCGUUGCCUCUUCUUCCAGACUCGCCACCAACAACAGCCCUUCUACUCCAUCCGCUCCUACCACCCCUGCCAGGAACUUCUCAAAUGAAUCGCUACCGAGCAUGGGGGGCGAUGCAAAGACCAUGUCCUCCCCAAGAGGCGGGACACAGAACGAGGUUGCAAGUCGAAACUGGUCUUUCUUCAACUCGAAUCCUUCUGCUCCAUCUGUCACACGUGCGCCCAGCAUCAAGACCGCCAACCUCACGAGACGAACGGAUCAUGUUGGCGGCAGCGAACCUGCGGAGCCAUCUACGCCGCUCAGUUCAACUGCACCAAGAAGCGCAUCCAGUGCCAACAACCUCGCUCACGGCCUCGCAGCAAGGGUGACCUCUGCAGACCUUUCCAGUCGCAUCCGUUUGCCUUCCAGGUUGCCCACUCUACCCACAGACAGCGGAAGCAUUGGAGGUGCCGGUACAACCAACGCCAGAGCCACCUCGGCCAUCUAUUCGCAACCGCAGCACUUCGGCUAUCCGCGGCACACACGCAUAAGCAGCGGAGAGUCAGCGUUAUCUGCCGAAGUGACCAUGUACUCGCCACUCUCGGCCCUUGACCCACAUACGGGAGAACUCUUCAAUCUCAAUUCAACCUCGCAGCUUUCCCUGUCAGCCAUCUCGGAUGCACCCAGCGCCACUCUCGAAGGCUUACCACCAAACAUACCAUGGGCACCCGACAGUCCUCAUCGUGCACGCAGUCGAAGCCAGCUCUUGCUAGAUGACGAACACCGCAGCGCACAGUCGUCCCCGGCAUCUGCUGUGCCUUCUCGUAUUGAGUGGCAGAGACCAUGGAGAGAGGCUGGCGAUGCCUCCACCGACUCUAUCAGCGCCCUCAUGCCAAGUGCAGCGCAAAGAGCAAGUCCCCCACCCACACGAUCCGAGCUUCAUCCUCCCUCUUCAUCGUCGAUAGCCGGCCCGAACGGCACAGUGGCAUCGCAGGACCAAAGCUCAGAUGAAACAACAAGGAAUCAGGGACACUCAAGGCGUCGGCAAGGACCGUCUGAAUCGGCAACGGGUAGCAGCAUCUCGCCUGUCCCUUUGAGCCGUGAGAGACCAAAUCAACCUGCGAUCGUAGAGUCACGAGAAGAGGAGGAAGACGGAGACCAGAUUGGUCCGUAUCGCAUCGAGAAGACGCUGGGUAUGGGUGCAUUCAGCCGUGUCGCUUUGGGACGCUUAAUACGCAGCUCAUCGGGUACUUCUGCGUUGCGAUCUGAUCGAAUGAUCUCGUCGCUUCCCGCGUUGCGGCAACGAGCUCUGCAGAAGAGCCACCAAGGUCAAGUGGAGGGCAACGACAAUGUGGUGGCGCUCAAGAUGCUCGACCGUGAGCCUUGCAACAACAACGAGCGUCUCAAAGUCAGUUGGGUCCGUGAAGUUGAAGUGCUCAAGCACAUCUCGCACCCGAACCUGGUCCGGUUCAUCACUUCAUUCAGCACACCCCUCCAUCAUACGCUCGUGCUCGAGCGAGUUGCAGGAGGCGAGCUGUUCGAUGCGCUCAUGUCCAACUUUGAUCAGCUUGCACAGCGCGAAUGGCUCGUUCGUGUCAUCUACACCGAACUUGCCAAUGCGAUCGGCUGGAUGCAUCACAUCAACCUCGUGCAUCGUGACAUCAAGUUAGAGAACAUUCUGAUGACGGUCGAUCUGUUUGCAGCAACUGCUGCCGCAGCCACUUCAGCAAGCUCCGGAACGUCUUCAGAGCCAUUACGCCCUCACCAUCUGCCUGCUCAUGGCCCUUUGAUCAAGCUGACUGACUUUGGUCUCUCAAGAUUCAUCGACCCGUCCAAUCCACUGCUCGAGACACGCUGUGGCUCGGAGGAGUACGCUGCGCCAGAGCUCAUCAUCGGGAAGAAGUACGACGGUCGCAAGACGGAUGCUUGGGCUCUUGGUGUCGUGCUGUAUGCACUCAUCACCGGAUCACUGCCAUUCAUGGAGGAAGUCAAUGUUGGUGUCAACGGCGCACGAGAGGGUCACGGCGAAGAGCGCGAUCCAAAGCAACGCAAGCGACACCUGCUUCGAAUCGCAAAAGGCGACUUACGAUGGCCAUCGCCUGCCAAUGACAGCAGUGCUGACCAGCCUGAUCCUUCGACGUGUCCUGCCAACAUGCGUCUCGUCACCCCGGUGGCCAAAGCGAUAGUAGCUCGACUGCUUCGACGUGACUCGACCAAGCGAGCUACGCCAUGGGAGACAUGGGACGAGCAGUGGCUUCUGGGAGGAAGCUUCGGAUACGCUAAUCUGGCCUCAACACAUGGAGGCAGCGGGGUAGGUGGCUCAGCUAUGCCUCCUCGCCAAGUGCCAAAUGAGGCCUCUGCCGGCGGCGAACCACUCGAUUUGCACCCGGAUCCACGCUCGCAACAAGGACAGAGUUGGUUGGAAGCAAAUGCAGCUGUGCGACAGGAUGAUUUAGACCCUGUUGCCCGUGACGAUUGA